AUGAGCGCUUUUCUUGGAAGAGUAGUGUUUCGGGGUCGUCUUUUAUUAGUGCCCCCUCCUCUCCUCUCCUAUUCCCUUCCCGUCUCUCGAACCCUUUUGGUCUAUAAACAUUCUACGAAUCUAUUCUUCGUCAUUGUCGAUGUCAGGGGCCACCAGGGAGGCUUGCGUGACUCGUAUGGCGAGUCCGAUCAUCGCAUCACGUGCGAUUUGCUGAGCAGUGCUCCAUGGACGCCCGGUACAACGAGGAGCUCUUUGCUUUUCUGCCACCCACCACCACCACCACCACCUCCACCACCUUUCCACGGACGUCCCCUGGUUGAAGUCUGGGAGACGCCUGUUACGGUUUUCGCUAGUUGA